UUUCCCAUCUGACUGCAGAAGUGAGGUUAGGUAUCUCAAAAUAGUUUUUGCAGAGGUGAAGAAAUGUUCUCGAAAAUUAGACUUUUAGUCAGGAACUCGCAUGGAUUUGUAGUGAAAACAAGUGUUAGGUGCCUCAGGAGUCAAAUUCCAAUAGUUCUACAAUCGAAAGAUUCGUCUGAUGAUAGGAGUACAAGUGGAAAUUUAACGCACUUUGGAUACCAAACAGUUCCGGAGGAAGAGAAAGACAAAAAAGUUUAUAAGGUAUUUGAGGAUGUAGCCGAGUCGUAUGAUUUGAUGAAUGAUGCAAUGUCUAUGGGCAUUCAUCGGCUAUGGAAAGAUGCCUUUGUUGAGGAACUUGGACCGACACCUGGUUCAAAACUCCUGGAUAUGGCUGGAGGCACAGGAGACAUUGCCUUCAGACUCCUGAAGUACCUCUCGAAUACCCAGGCAGCGGACAAGAGGGAGAGUCAUCUCACAGUUAGUGACAUAAAUCAGCAUAUGCUAAAUGUGGGAAAAGCAAAGGCAGAAAAGUUGGAGUACAGGGACAAAGCUAAUUGCGUCUUGGACUGGGUCUGUGCAGAUGCUGAGAAUCUCCAAUUUGAGGAUAAUACAUACACAGCUUACACAAUAGCUUUUGGGAUAAGGAAUUGCACGCACAUUGAUAAAGUUCUGAGUGAGGCAUAUCGUGUUCUGGCUCCGGGAGGGAGAUUUCUGUGCCUGGAAUUCAGCCAUCUGACAAAUGAAACUCUACAGAAAAUCUACGAUACGUAUUCGUUCGAAGUAAUUCCACCCAUGGGACAAAUCCUGGCCGGACAGUGGGAUGCAUAUCAGUAUCUUGUGGAGAGUAUUCGACGUUUCCCGCGCAAGGAUGAAUUUGUGCAGAUGAUACGAUCAGCUGGCUUCAGCCAUGUUACUUACCGUGAUCUCUCCCUCGGAAUAUGCUCAAUACAUUCGGGUUUCAAGUUAAAGUGAAAGACCACUGUAUUGUUUAAUUAGUUUCUUCUAAUCUUCCAUAUAUAAUUUGUUUUUUUUUUUUUCAAUAAUCCAUACAUAACACAUUUAUAGAAUUUCCAAUGAUGUUUCUUUUUAGCUGCAUUGGUGUGUUUGCGGAAGAGAAAAAUAAAAAAUUAAGUACAUAAAAUAUGACGACUUAUCUUUUACAUUCCCUUGGUUUACGUGUUUUCUUCUAAUGUAUUUUUUUUCUAUAAUUGGACAUAGAUUCUGCAGACAAAAAAACAAAGAAUUUAACAUUCUAUCUUUUUUUAUGUUAAUUUUUUUUUUACCUAAGUCAUCAUUUACCCCUUGAGCACUAUCCUUCAAUUAUUACUCAUUUUCUCUUUAGUAUUUUAUGGCAAAAUAGUGCAUUUGAAUUAAAUCGAGAAGAUUCGAGAUUUUAAUACACCUUGUGAAAACACAUAGUCCUCUUUUCUCCUCUCACAGUAAUCCCUGGUCUUCAAUUAACCCAUCUUCUUCACCUCAUUCUAAAUAUAAGGAAAUAAAACAUUGAACAUGAAGACAGCAAA